CCUGUGAAUUCGGGGAGUUUCUGAAACCAGGCAGAGUUCAAGGAGGAGGACACCACAUUCUCUGAUCUCCUGCACUUUCUCCCUGCACCAUGGGGAAAGGCAGACGUGCUCUGUCAUGCUGUGUUCUAAUUCUUGCCCUCCUACCGGCAGCUGCCUCAGCCUACGCACAACCGCAGUAUAUGGUGCUGGUCCCCUCCUCACUCCACACUGAGACCCCUGAGAAAAUCUGUCUCUUUCUGAGAUGCUUAACUGAAACAGUGGCUGUCAGUGCUUCCCUAGAAUCUGUCGAGAAAAGGAGGCUCUUCAAUGACCUCAAAGUUGACAAGGACUUAUUCCACUGUGUCUCUUUCAUACUCCCAAGAUCUUCAUCUUUUGAUGUAUUCCUCUCUGUCCACAUAAAAGGACAAACACAUGAAUUCAGGGAAGAGGCCUCAGUGCAGGUAAAGAACACAGGAAGUCUCAUCUUUGUACAGACCGACAAACAAAUCUACAUACCAGGACAAUCAGUCAACUUUCGAAUUGUGGCUGUGGACAAAAAUUUUCACCCACUGCAUGAGUUGUGUCCACUGAUUCACAUUGAGGACCCUGGAAUGAAUCGAAUUAUGCAAUGGCAGAAUAUCAAGUUAGAGAAUGGUCUUAAGCAAUUGUCCUUCAGCCUGUCGUCAGAACCCAAGGGCUCCUACAAGAUAGUGAUACAAAAACAAUCAGGAAGAAAUAUAGAGCACUCCUUCACCGUGGAAGAAUUUGUGCUUCCCAAAUUUGAAGUACAAGUGAAAGUUCCAAAGGUCAUCACUAUACUGGAUAAAGAAGUGAAUGUGUCAGUAUGUGGAAGAUACACAUAUGGCAAGCCUGUCCCAGGGCAUGUAACCAUGAGUAUAUGCCAAAAAUAUCUUCACCCCUUAAAUCACUUUGGCAGAAAUUUAGAGAUUGCCUGUGAGGAAGUCAGCCAGCAGCUAGAGAGCCAUGGCUGCAUCACACAACAAGUAAAUACUAGUGCAUUCGAAUUAAAGGAGCAAGAGUAUCUCACUGUGAAUCUUCAAGUGGAUGCCAAGAUUAUAGAAGAGGGGACAGAGCUGGAAUUCAAUGGAGCUGGGACAACUAAAGUCACAAGAACUAUAACAAAACUCACGUUUGCAAAAGUGGAUUCACACUUUAGACAAGGCAUUCCAUUCUCUGGGCAGGCUCGCCUCGUGGAUGGGAAAGGAGUCCCUAUACCAAAUGAACUCAUCUUCAUCCAGGCAGAUAAAGCUAACUAUCACUCUAAUACCACCACUCAUGAGCAUGGCCUGGUGCAGUUCUCCAUCAACACCACUAAUGUUACGGAUCCCUCCCUCACUGUCACAGUAAGUUUGGAACAGAGAUUUAAUAAACAAGGAGAAGAAUUGGUAACAGAGAUGCAACCCAACAGUGCUUACUCCUUAAGAGGGAAUUUUUCCCCAUUUUUACUAAACACAAAAUUCCUAACUAUUCAGUCAGAUAGAAGAGUAAACUCAAGCGGCUCAGAAGAGCUCUUUUUUUUUAACACGCUGUCUACAAUGAGUUUCCUUUUGAUCCUCCAGGUCUACCACAAGGAACAGGGUUUCUGCUUUAGGUACUACUGCAUGACAAAAAAACAUCAAGAAGCGUAUCACACUGUUAAUCAUGUUUUCUCCUUAAGCAAGAGCUAUGUCUACCUUGAGCCUGUGGCUGGCACCUUGCCCUGUGGCCAAAUUCAGACAAUUCAGGUGCAUUCUAGUCUGAAUGGACAUGUCUUAGCGUUGCUGAAGGAGGUCGUCCUCUAUUACCUGAUUGUGGCCAAAGGAAGCAUCAUCUGAGCAGGGACCCAUGUUCUCCCCAUAAGGCCAGGAGAACCGAAAGGCCACAUCUCCAUGUCAGUUCCUGUGGAGUCAGACAUCGCUCCGCUUGCUCGAUUGCUCAUCUAUGCCAUUUUACCUGAUGGGGAAUUGAUUGGGGAUUCUGCAAAAUAUGAGGUUGAAAAUUGUCUGCCCAACAAGGGGGGUUUGCACUUCAGCCCAGCACGCAGCCUCCCCGCCUCGCCGGCCCAACUGCGUGUCACAGCCUCCCCUGGGUCCCUCUGCGCCCUGCGCACCGUGGACCAAAGCGUGCUGCUCCUGCGGCCCGAGGCUGAGCUCUCGGCGGCCCAGGUGAGUCCCGCCCGCGGGGCCAGCGAGGGCCCCUGGCUCAGGACAGAGAAAAGCCCCUGUUCAGAGAAUUUUAAAUGUUUUCCGUUUGUUUGGGAGUUAAAAAUUAUCAAAGUCCUUCAACAUAUGUUAUCUUAUUCAAUGCUUCUGGCAUCUCCAAGAGUAUAUAGUCUGCUGCCCGGGAAGGACAUCACUUAUAUCAUUCAUAGUUUAAGUCAGCGGAUAGAAGACCAAAAAGACUGUAUCAGACCUAAUAAUGUCUCUAUUGAUAAGUACUCUGCUGUAUCCCACAGCACAGAAGAGGAUGUUUACAGCUUCAUAAGGGACAUGGACUUAAAGGUAUUCACCAACUUAAAGCUCAAACACCCCAAAUUUUGUCCUGAAGAGAGAAGGUUCCAUCAACCAGUGGCACUUCCUUUUGUGAAACAGAAUGAAGUGAUUGAAAAUUUCCAUAUACAGCCGUUCACUGAGACUGUACGAAACUAUUUCCCUGAAACCUGGAUCUGGGACUUGAUAGUAGUCAACUCCUCAGGUGUGGCUGAAGUCGGAAUAAGAGUCCCCGAUACCAUCACUGAGUGGAAGGCAGAGGCCCUCUGCCUGUCCAAUGACACUGGGCUUGGUCUCUCUCCGACUGCUUCUCUCCAAGCCUUCCAGCCCUUCUUUGUGGAGCUCACAAUGCCCUACUCUGUGAUCCGCGGAGAGGCCUUCACACUCAAGGCCACUGUCCUUAACUACCUUCCCAAAUGCAUCCGGGUGAGUGUGCAGCUGCAAGAGUCUCCUGACUUCGCAGCUAUCCCUGUGGACAAAGACCAAGAUUCUUACUGCCCCUGUGCAAAUGGGAGACAGACUGUGUCCUGGCUGGUAACUCCCAGGACACUAGGGAAUGUGAAUUUCUCUGUGAGUGCAGAAACACUGCAGACCUCAGAGCUCUGUGGUACUGAGGUGGCUACGGUUCCUGAAAUUGGGAGAAAAGACACAGUUGUCAAACUUCUAUUAAUUGAGCCUGAAGGAAUCAAGCAGAAAUAUACCUUCAACUCCUUACUCUGUGCAUCAGAUGUUGGGGUGUCUGAAAAAUUGUCCCUGAAGCUCCCACCAAAAGUAGUGGAAGAAUCAGCCAGGGCCUCUUUCUCAGUUUUGGGUGACAUUCUAGGCGGUGCCAUAAAAAGCACACAAGAUCUCCUCCAGAUGCCCCACGGCUGCGGAGAACAGAACAUGGUCCUGUUUGCUCCUAAUAUCUAUGUACUGAAAUAUCCGAAUGAAACACAACAGCUGACUGAGGAGAUCAAGUUCAAGGCCAUCAGCUACCUCAGUACUGGUUAUCAGAGGCAGCUGAGCUACAAACACAGAGACGGUGCCUAUAGUGCCUUUGGGGACCAAAAUGGCCGGAAGCAAGGCAACACUUGGUUCACAGCCUUCGUGCUCAAGACUUUUGCCCAGGCUCGAACCUACAUCUUCAUCCAUGAAGCACACAUUACCCAAGCCCUCACCUGGCUCUCCCGAAAGCAGAAGGACAAUGGCUGUUUCAGGAGCUCUGGGUCACUGCUCAACAAUGCCCUUAAGGGUGGCUUGGAAGACGAAGUGACCCUCUCUGCCUAUAUCACUAUCGCCCUUCUGGAGAUCCCUCUCCCCAUCACUCACCCUGUUGUCCGCAGUGCCCUGCUCUGCCUAGAGUCAGCUUGGACAAGCACACAGGAAGAGGUCCACGGCAGCCAUGUCUACACCAAGGCACUGCUGGCCUACGCCUUUGCCCUGGCUGGUAACCAGGACAGGAGGAGAGAGAUACUGAAAUCACUUGAUAAGGAAGCUAUAAAAGAAGACAAUGUAAUACAUUGGGAGCGACCUCAGAAACCUGAGGCACCAGAGCGGCAUUUAUACCCACCGCAGGCUCCCUCCACUGAGGUGGAGAUGAUGUCCUACGUGCUCCUCGCUUACCUCACGGCCCAGCCCGUCCCGACCCCAGAGAACCUGACCUCUGCAACGCACAUUGUGAAGUGGAUCACAAAGCAACAGAAUUCCCAUGGGGGCUUCUCCUCCACCCAGGACACAGUGGUGGCUCUGCAUGCUUUGUCCAUAUAUGGAGCAGCCACUUUUGCCGGAACUGGGAAAGCUGCUUCAGUGACCAUCCAGUCUUCAGGGAAAUUUUCAAAAAGAUUCCAAGUGGAGAACACCAACCUCCUGUUACUACAGCAGGUCUCAUUGCCAGACAUUCCCGGAGAGUACACCAUAAGUGUGUCAGGGGAAGGCUGUGUAUACCUCCAGACAGCUCUGAAAUACAAUGUUUUCUUGGAGAAGAAGGAAUCUUCAUUCAAUCUGCAAAUACAGACAAUACCCCAAAUUUGUGAUGGACCUGAACCCCACAGAAGCUUCCAAAUCUCACUACAAGUCACCUACACAGGGAGCCACCCCACCUCCAACAUGGUGAUUGUUGAUGUAAAGAUGGUAUCUGGUUUCAUUCCCUUGAAACCAACAGUGAAAAUGCUUUAACUGUCUAGCCAUGUUAGCAGGACAGAAGUGAGCAACAGCAAUGUCUUGAUUUACAUAGAACAGGUUAGCAGUCAGGCACUGAGUUUUUCCUUCACUGUUACACAAGACAUCCCUGUAAGAGACCUGAAACCUGCUAUUGUGAAAGUUUAUGAUUACUAUGAGACAGAUGAAGCAGCUUUUGCUGAAUACAGUGCCCCCUGCAAUACAGACACAGAGCAAGGAAAUGCUUGAGGCCCAUAUCAAUAAACAAGGCUUUGUGGGAAUCCCAAGAACUGGGAUUCCAAAAGGACUGUUUUGUCUCCAUAAUAUAGAUGCUAACCAAGCUUAGUAAAUAGAUAUAUAUUUCUAGAAAGUAUCUAUCAUUGAUUCCUUCUUCAUUCAAUGCAAAUUUACUCUAAGCAUUGCACCCUGUUAUUUGCAAUGAACAGAUAAUGACAUUUUAAUUGAGGUAAUGCCAUGUAGUAUAAAACUGGGAACAGUUCAAACAGAUUAAAUUCUGCAGAACCUCAAAGUAUUCAAAAUAACUUAAUGGCAAUCUGAGAAAAUUUUACCCCCCCAAAAUUUUUUGACUGGCAGUUUAGUAACAAGAAGAGUAUAAAGUAUAUCUGGGUGGAAACAUUUUUUGCAAAGGCAUAAAGAAUGCACUUUAUGCCAGGUAAAAUGACUAACCUGACUAAAUAGCCACUCCAUGUUGCACAAUGCUAGAAGCCAAUUAAUUAAUGUUAUGUUAAGGUGGAAGACAGAAAAUAUUACAGCAAUUUCACUGAAUUAAGAAUUAGUUGGCCUGACUUUUGGUUCAAAAACUGCUACUGACUUUGGAUCAAACAACAACUAGCCUCUGGAUAUCAAUUUCAUGUAUAAGAGAGUCUGAUGUUAUUGGAGAAGGGAUAAGUAAGUAUGGUAGCAAGGCUUCUGAGGAGAUAAGAAAAUGUAGAAGCACAAAAAGAAAUAUAAGUUUGCCAUGGGCAUACAAUGGGGAAAUGACAGCCUCUUCAACAGCUGGUGUUAGCAAAACUGGACAGCUACAUAUAAGAGAAUGAAACUGGGUCACUGUCUAAUC